GACCCGACAGACUGAGUCCCAGUCCACGAGCGCGGGUCUUCCCUCCCCCGGCUUGUCACUUGUCGUAACGGUCGACUUCGCAAUCGCAGGCUAAUUAUUAUCAAUCGAAGCCAGUCAUGGUCAUAGCCCGAGCUAAACUAAUCACGAUCGCCAGCGGCGUUGACUUCGAUCAUCCAUGUCCUCCGCUUCCACCCUAGUCAGAAUCCGCGAGGAGGAAGCCGGGCUGUGCUCGCCGGCGAAGGAGAAAGCGGCCGCCCGGGGCGCGUUCGGCAGCCGGUGGCUGCUCCUCCUGUGGCGGCCCCGCCACCCGCUCUGCGGCGGCGGCGGCGGCCGCCCCAAGGUGAAGCUCCUCGCCUGCGUCGUCGUCCUGGGCCUCGUUCUCUUGGUCGGCUCGAGAUUGGACUCUUUUAUGGGAUGGAACUUUCAUCAACCUUCUUCAGUCUCUUCUCCUUCGAGGGGUGGUUACACUGUGCUAAUCAACACAUGGAACCGAAACAACCAUCUUAAGCAAACUGUUGGUCAUUAUGCAUCCUGCACUGGUACCGAUGCAAUAUGCGUCAUAUGGAGCAAAAGUGAUCCGCCACAGGAGAAACUAAAGUCCCAUCUCAAUGAAGUUGUGGCGUCGAAGUCUCAUAAGCAUGAUUUUAAGUUUGAUAUCAUCAGUGGGAGUACCACGAUAAGUAGAUUCAGGCCAAGUGGGGACAUCAGAACUGAUGCUGUUUUCUCUGUUGAUCAUGAUGUGAUUAUUCCAUGUCCUACUCUGGAUUUUGCUUUCACGGUGUGGCAGAGUGCUCCUUCCACUAUGGUGGGAUUUGUUCCUCGUGCACAUUCGCUAAAAGCAGAGGGAAACGGUAUUCCUUAUUACAAAUAUGAAGGAUGGUGGUCAGUUUGGUGGAAGGGCACCUACAGCAUGGUUCUUGCACAAGCAGCAUUCUUUCAUAGAAAAUACCUGGAUAUGUACACCUAUAUAAUGCCAUCGACAGUUCAUGAUUAUCUUACUAGGGAGAGAAUUUGUGAAGAUAUUGCAAUGUCUCUGCUCAUUGCCAAUGCCUCUGGUUCUCCUCCAAUUUGGGUGAAAGGGAAGACUUACAAGAUAGGAGCCUCAGGUACAAGCGGUUUAGAAGGCCAUGGUGACCACAGAAGCAGAUGCCUGAAUGAGCUGCUUUCCCUAUAUGAGACUGUGCCCCUUAUGCAUACCAAUGUGAAAGCUGUUGAUGCAAGACAGGGAUGGCUCUGGUAAUUCAUGCCAGUUUCAUGUAAAUCGUGCCUCUGCCGUUUCGGCUAUUGCCAUCCUCAUUUAGGACUUUAGGCAGUAAUUUAUUGCUCCUAGAUGAUUGUACAUUCCAUUGGAGCGGCUAACUGGAGAAAUCAGUGUUUACGGUGGUUUGACUGUUAGUCUGACUCGAUUGCGAGGAACUUUGGAUCGUGGUCAUGUUACUUUAGUUAAGCAAUGUACCCAUCUUCCUCUAUUUGGCCGUGAUUAUCAUACAA